UUCUUCGAAAGAAUCCUCUCAAACCUAAUGGGUGACCCCAACUUUGCCCUACCAUUUUGGAACUGGGACACCCCAGAAGGGAUGCAAAUGCCACCCUGUUUCACAAACCCUAACUCCUCCCUCUAUCAUGAACUCCGAAACGACAACCACUUGCCACCCCAAGUCGUUGACCUAUUCUACGGUUCAACUCAUAGCGACGAUGCCACACCUUCUCAUAAACAAGUCUUGUAUAACCUAGUCACCAUGUACAAACAAAUGGUGUUAGCAAGUACCAAGGAACUUUUCAUGAGAAGCCCUUUCAGACUCGGGGAUCAACCUCGUCCUGGAAUAGGUUCCGUUGAGGCUGCUCCUCAUAACACCGUUCACACGUGGGUCGGUGGUGCCGACACACCAAACCACGAGGACAUGGGAACGUUCUACACAGCCGCUAGAGACCCCGUUUUCUACGCUCAUCACGCGAACAUGGACCGAAUGUGGACGUUGUGGAAAUCACUGGGAGGAGAAGAAAGAAAAGACUACAGCGACGACCGUGAUUGGUUAGACUCCGAGUUUUUCUUCUACGACGAAAACGCCAACCUCGUACGCGUCAAGGUACGAGAUUGCGUCGACACCACAAAGCUAGGGUACGUUUUCCAAGACGUGGAUCUUCCGUGGCUGCGCACGCCACCCACUUCACGAAAGAGUAAGCUCCUGAGAAAGGGCUCAAGGUAUUCGAAGACGAGAGAGUUUCCUUUGGUGUUGGACUCCAUAGCGAGUGUCAUUGUGAAGAGACCGAGGAGAGUGAGGAGUGAGGAAGAGAAGGAGCAGGAAGAAGAGGUUUUGGUGAUCGAAGGGAUCGAGUUUGGGAGUGAGAGAGGUGUGAAGUUCGAUGUGCAUGUUGAUGAUGAUGAAGAGAAGCUGAGUGGUCCCGAUGAGACGGAGUUUGUGGGAAGUUUUGUGAGUGUGCCCCACGCACACAGGCAUAGGGUCAGCACUAGCUAUAAGAUAGGGAUGUCGAAGGUGCUCGAGAGUUUGGAAGCUGAAGAAGACGAUCAUGUGUUGGUUACUUUGGUGCCUAAGGAUGGAAAAGGAGCGUCACCAUACAAAGCAUCAAAAUUGAGUUUAUUCCAAAAUUCUAAACCUAGUUUUUUUUUUUUUUUUAGUCUGCAAAUUACACUUUUGGCAAGUUUUUUUUUUUAUUCUUUUAAAUUGUACAAAUAUUAUUGGUGGUUUAGAGUUUAGGGUUUAAUUAUUAUAGCAAGUGGAUCGAUCCACUCUUGGAUUUCGUCCGCAUAAUAUUUUACUCAAAUAAUGGUCGUUGGUGGUGAAGUAUGUCUUUGAGUAGUGUUUAUAUAAAUAAAAUUAUUAUGGAGCAAAUUACUAUUAA